CUUAGUUCCCUUAUUUGAAAAAAUAUAUUUUGCCCUUAAUGAACAUUUCUCAAAACGUCCUCAGCCCAGGAGCCUCAGAAGCUGCUACCAGGCCAGUGCUCCUCCUGCGGUGGCUCCAUCCCCAGGAGGAUGAAGGUCGCCGUGGCAGCCGUCUCCCACCUCUUCCUCCUCCUCCUCCUCCUCAUCGCCAUCCCCCUCGGGUUCCAGACUGAAACCUCUUUGAGGCCCCGAACCUACCGACCUACUGAUUGCUGCUUCACCCACCUGACCCGUGCAAUCCCGAGAGAGCGGAUUUCAAGCUAUUAUGAGACCAGCAGCCAGUGCCCCAAGCCUGGAAUUAUCUUCAUCACCAUAAUAGGCCGUUUCGUUUGUGCCAACCCCAGGGAUGACUGGGUCCAGGACUACAUCAAGGAGCUGGAGGAGAUCUGAGCGACCCAGCUGCAGUGCAGAAGGACCCAGCUCAGAAUUGAAAGAGAAGGGGCUCCGCCCCCACCCCCCUUCCCACCAGCCCCAGCCACCUCCUGGGAGCUGCCCUGCCUUGAAUUAAAGACCAGUCAUGCCCUU